AUGGCCUUCAUCGAAUACCGAGUCAACACUCCCGUCAUCGAAUCACUCCCCACCUCGCUCUCUCAGCUCUUUACACCUUCCGGUCGACGUAUCAAAUGCAGGGCAAUACCACAAUCAAAGUACGAGGGUGGCCGCUCCAUCCAGAGUUUUUCGCUCAACAAUCUGGAUGUAAACGCGGAUAGUGUUUGGGUCCAGAACACAAUCAUUAUCGCCGGAUGUCCCGUCCCAAAGAAGAUCAAGAUCAGAGAGUCCAAUCGAGAUGGUUCAGUUGUUACAGGCGAUCUGUUGGUGGGAAUCGUAGAAGCAACAUUGAAGAGUCUUGGUUCUCUUGAAUCGUUCCACGUUGGUGAGAGUGUUGAUGGUGCUAGGAUGAUUGUAAGCGCGACUUUCUGUAACCGACAGGAUGCCUUGAAGGCAGUCAAGAUUUUCACAAGCAAGACAGACCGCCCCGCCGGCUUUGACUUCAAGAAGCUCACUAUCGAUCCUGUCGCGUCCAUGAAAGUCAAUAUUCCGAACAAGAUCGCUUCGGCUCUGGAACCACAGCUUCAAGCUAUGCGAGUCGAGCUCCAGAAGCGCGAUAAGGAUAUGCUGAAGAUUAACAAGGGUGCGGGAAAGUCUUCCUGGGUUAUUCGGUUCUCAGCUGCUGGCGAUGAUGCACUUGCAAUCGUUGCGAAGACUAAGGCUCGUAUUGAGAAGUUGUUGGCGGGGACGGUUGUCACUGAUGGUGUUGUUGCAUUGUGGCAUCCUUGGUUUGCUACUGCAGCUGAUGCUGGUCACUAUCUCAAUUGGUUGUCUCUUCACAACAAUGUUCAUGUUCAUCGAUGGAUCAAUCUGGGUCAUCUAGUUAUAUACGGUGGCACUUAUGAGGAUCGCAGUCGUGCUUGGAUGAUGCUGAAGGCUAAGGUUCAGGAUCUCAACUACGAAACGGCUUUUACAAUCCGAAUGUUUGGAGGCAUGACCAUUACACAGGCUCUAGUAAUCUUGAAGCCCGUCUUCGGUGACAAGAUUCGCUUGAGCACAACAGAUGGACCAAAGAUCAAGCUCUGUAGUUCUGCCGCGGAUCUUCGUAAGGCAAGUCAAUCCAAAUUCCUGACUCCUUGCAUACAUAUUCUAACCCUGUCACAGGCUCGCCUUCUCCUUAAUCCAGGCAUUCAACCUGCUGGCAAGAGCUGUGUCAUCUGCUGGAGCCCACCACUCUCAUCUCAAGACACCGUCUCUCUCCCUUGUGGCCACAUCUAUUGUCGGGAAUGCUUCAAUCUGCAGUUCAAUCCACAAGAUCAGUCUUAUUUCCCUCUGACAUGUGCUGGUACCUGCCCUGAUAACUCUGAAUGCAAGUAUCUCUUCGAUAUCAACCUUCUCCGUGAGGAACUCUCCGCCGACAAGUUUGAGUCCGUCUUGAACAUGUGCUUGGACAUGCAUGUCCGUUCUCACUCAGAUGAGCUCUCCUACUGCCCAACAACCGACUGCCCAACAAUCUACCGCCCCAUCCCCCGCAGCCAACAAGCCACCACCCAAGACCAAAACACCUCCUCCAUAACAUGUACCACCUGCCUGCACAGCAUCUGCACCUCCUGCCGCGCCAUCCACACCGACCUCACCUGCCGCGAAUACAUCGACGCCACCGACGGCCAAGACGCCCUCAACGCCUACAAAGCCGACGCUGCCAACCAAACCAAAGAAUGUCCAUCGUGCCGCGUACCUGUUGAAAAGCUACAAGGCACUUGCAAUCAUAUGCUGUGUGUGAGCUGCGGUGUGCAUUUCUGCUGGGUUUGUGGGCAUGUUUCGCCGGAUAUGGCGGGUGCGUAUAAGCAUUUGGAUGAGGUGCAUGGUGGGAAUGGGUUGCAGGAUGUUGCCGUCUGGGACGUCCCUGAUCCGGGGAUUGAUGAGUUUGAGGGGAAUUGGAUGAUUGACUUUGACUUUUUUGAUGUUGACCGGCUCAGAGUCCAGAAUUAG